AUGACAAAAGUUAUUGCAUCAAAACCGCAGUUGUCGGUAAGUAUUGUGAAAAAUCCUGUAAAAUACUGGAGUGGAAUUGUCGACGAUACUCGAUUGGGGAUCGAUGUAGACUGCGUAUGCCUUUUUUUUCUUAUCAGCGACGGAGGCGUAUCAUACCCAUUCGCGUAUAACAGGGUUGGCGAACCUUUUACGGGACAGGUGCCUCAAUUUAAAACGAAAUUCUCGAAACAUAAUCGAGUGCCCCUCCGCCGAAAAAGCCAUUUUUACACUGACGAUAAAAGAAGAUCGAUUCCACGAGUUAUAGAUAACAAAUCAAGUACACCCAAAGUACCUCAACAGCAAGCACCUAAAUUAUCUGAUGUUUCUAAACCAUCGAACUCCACAUCAUUAUCUGCACCAUCCAAGAAAAAUCCUGCGCGUCUAUCCAAUCAACCAAGAAGAGGAGGAGGAGUUAUAGGAGAAGUUGCUAAGAACGCGGCAGGAGUUGCAAUAGGAACUGCAGUGGGUAGAAAAAUAUCAAAUAUGUUCGAUGGUGGAAAAGGUGAUGAAAAAACAGUAGAAUCAUUGAAUGAGACAGAUUAUUCAAUUGAUAAUUCGAAAAAUGAAGAAUUUACUGAAGAUGACAGUGAUGGACAAGGGGAUGAAGAAAAUUACGAAGAAAACGAUGAAGAAAAUGGUGAAGAUUCAGAUCAGUAAUAAUAAUAAUCAUUAAAUAAUGUAAACAAUAUGUUUUGAAUU